AUGAGGCUUGCUAGCAAGUUUCACAUCGUUUGCGCCUUCGCGGUGUUUAGUAUUCUUCUUUCUUCCUUGUUUCUCGGCUCGCAGCGUUUCUACUACCGAAGGGUCGGCGCAGCGAACCAGCCAAUUGUGGAUUUCCAAGCCGCAGCCUCCUCAGACCAUCGACUGGUCGUUUUUGGUGAUACAUGGAGCGACAAUAAUGCCAAAGAGGUCCAGGGUGGCAGAGUCUGGACUGACUGGUUGUGCUCUUCGUUCUCGUGCCAUCAUGAGAAUCUUGCGCAGACUGCUAAGUCUUUGAGAGGAACCUACGUUGGCUCUGUCGUGGAAAAUGAGGAGCUUCCCGGCGCAGUGGGCAGCCUAUACAAGCCCCCAGUUGCCGAUUUCAAGACGCAGGUCAAACAGUGGCUGGCAGCAGAGGCAAAGGCUGUCCAGAAUCUAGACGAGAACGCGAUUCAUGACCGUCACAAUCGCACCAUUUUGGUGGUUUCCUUUGGGGUCUGGGAUCUGUGGAAUAUGAUAGAAAAGGACUACGAGACAGCAACCAAGGCAGUUGAUCACAGCGUCAAAAUCAUUAUGGAACAGUUAGAUAUGCUGUCUGAGAACUGGGGCAGUGACGACCUCAAGAUCAUCUUGACCUUGGUUCCGGAUGUAACCUUCCUUCCAGCUUUCCGUCCGCUUGGGGAUCAGCAUGUUUCUCAGCACAAGGAGGCCGUUAAGCUCGUUGCGCAUUGGAACAGUGAGCUGAAAGGCGCAGUGGAGAAAUGGGGUAAAGGCACGAUUUAUCUGUUCGAUACUGAGGCGUUCCUUGUUGAUCUCAUCCGGGACCGCCAGCUCUACUCGAUGGGUAUUGAAGAAUCCAACGGACUGGGUAGGAACCAAGAUCCUGGGUGGGAAAAUGUUGAGGGUGCAUGCGUUGAAAGCAAGCAGCAAUGGGUAGUUACAUCAGAGAUCAAACGAUGCGAAACCCCGGACAAGUACCUAUUUUGGAAUGAGAUGCAUCUCGGCCCCUCCGCGCACCGACUCAUGGGCACAGAAGUGUUUCGUGGUAUUGAGGAGAUGUGGCUCCGGUAG